GCGUUGCUUCUUAUACUCACGUUUUUUCUGUUUUCUAAAUUUUGUCUCUUCGAAAUUCCCAUCUCAAUUCACAUUGUUUUUAAUAAAAUUAUAAAUAAUUGGUCGUAAAAGCCUUUAUAAACUUUUGAAAUUUGGCAAUGUCUGAACUAAUUCCCAGCGAGCUCAAAGUGACCGAUUUGCGCAAAGAGUUGGUGGCCAGGAAUUUGCCAACAAACGGGUUGAAAAAGGACUUGGUCCAGCGGCUGGAAGAAUCACUUGGCAUUUCGGGAGAGAGAGUAUCGGGUUCACAACUUGGCACGGACGACCAAAUAGACCUGCUGCCUGCCGAUGAGCAGGACGAGGUGGACGAGGAAACAGCCGAGCAUGUUCUGGAGGGCCCGAUCGAUGCCAUGGAGACAGGGGAGGCAGAGGAAAAUGGGCUGAAAAGGAAUAAUGACUGGGGCUCCAAUGCUCCAGUUGCGCAUGCGGAUUUGAAUGCGGAUGCGGGUGCGGAUGCGGAUGCGGACGACCAGAUGGACACUUCUGGGCAGCAGCACUUACAGGCUGGCAGCGGCGUCCUGGACUCAAUGUACAUCAAGAACUUGGAGCGGCCGCUGACCGUGUAUAGAAUCAAAGAGCUUUUGGGUAAGCACGGGUCCGUAGACGAUGUCUGGCUCAAUGCCAUCAAGACCCGCGGGUACGCGAGAUUCACAUCGGCCGAGGAGGCUCAGGCGGCUUUUGCGAGUAUCAACGGAACGCGGUUCCCUCCCGAGCACGGCAAGAUUCUGGAGUGCGGCUUGGUCACCAAAGAGCGCAUGCAGGGGCUGAUCGGCGAUGAGGAGGCCAUGAGCGAGACUGUUCUCAGCAACGAUUUGGUCGUAAUUCCUGUGGAUGGUGGUAACUGCGGCGUUGCGCUGGUGAAUGUCAAUGCCAAUGCCAAAGGCCGCGGCAAGGGUGCAGCUAAGAAGCAGAAGGCUGACGCGGCGCCCGAGCCGCGCGCUGAAAGAGAGGUCAAGGUAGCCGAGAGGACGGCAAACAUUGUCGCUGCUGCUGCGACCGCCGCCGCCAACGAGGCCCGCGACGCCGCCAAGGACUCGGCUAUGGAUGUCGACGGAGACCGCAGGCGCGACAGCCUGAAGGAGCGCGAGCCGCAGAAAGAGGGCCGCCGUAACGAUCGCAAGCCCGUGAAGGUCGAUGACGACGAGUUCACCCGGAAGACAGUAUGCCAGCCCCCGAUCUCAUACAGGCCGCUGACCGACGACGAAGUCGCUGCGAAAAAGGCUGCUGCUGCUGCUGCUGCUGCUCCUCAUGCGGGUGCCCACGACGGAUCCGCAUAAGCGAGACAUCCCCCCUUGUAUACAGCCAACGCUGACGAGGCAUGUCGUUAUACUAUACUGGAGGAAUGGAUGGGCCAGCGAUAUGCCAGGCUUUUGUGCAUGCGGGGUUUCUACGCACUCUUUCGGGUUUUGGGCAUGCGGCUUUUUGUGCAAAAGAACAAAAUCAGGCCGCCAAGGAAAAGUGGCUUUCCCCCAAAUAAAGCCAGCUGGUGGGAUGAGGGCGCCAAAGUCAUUCUUCUUCUCCGUAAAGC